UUUUUUUUUCUUUUUAUUCUCUAAACAAACAACAAUGUUGCUUGCUUGUCAAACGCUGUGAUGAUUUCUUGAAUUAAAUCCUCUGUAUCUCUCUAUUUGCUUGAUAACUCUGCCAUUCCAGUUGCAAUGUUCCCUGCCUCCUGCAACGACCUCCCUUUUUAUUGAUUCUUUCCUCCAGACACCACCAAGCUCACUUGUGUCAAAUGCGCAGUUCCUCAUACGAGAACUUCGAGCUUUAAGCUUACACCGGUUCUGGGGAAUGCUGGAACCACUAGCACCGUUCCUCGUCAUUGGAUCCCCUUAGGAAUUAGUGUGUUCUCCAAGUUAGGUUUGAGCACUCAGCUUUAGUAAGUGCCCAUUUUGGUGUGAGAUAACGCAAAAGAGGGUUUCCAAAAUAGUAGAAUAACAAAGCAUGAUUGAAGCAAUAUUUUCUGUAAUUGUUUACUCGCUCUCCGUUUUGUCAAACCUCGCAGAUAAUCCGGCACUUGUCAUAUGGGUCCUUGACGAUUGCUUCAACAUCCCAGAUAUUUCCUAUUUUUAUGAGGUUCAUACGAAACUCGAGAAAGCUCUUUAUAAAGAUGGAUUUGACGAUUCCAUCCAACACUGUUAUCUCAUUAUUGACCCCAGAACGGAUUCCACGGAUUUCCUCAAAUCUUUCAAAUCUUUGUACGCACAUUAUUUGCAUCACUCUAUCCAUCUCUCUACUGAAAGCUGCAAAGGGGAUAAAGAUGCAAUAUUUAACUGUAUGUUACAAGACAUUCUUCGUUGGUCGUUUGUACUGAGCGGUUUUAAUCGCACGACAGGAAAUGUUGUGCUUAUCUCGGGUAACAAAAACUUUGGACAAGGCACCAAGUUCUCUCAUGUUCGUGACUGUUUGUUGAAGAAAGGUUUCAAUUUUGUGGUAGUAAAUCCUGAUACUUUGCCUAAAAUAGAUGGAAGUAUGUGUAUCUGUUCUACUUGAAUGAAUGCUUUUACGAUCAAUCAGUCUUUUGCUUUUUAACUUGGUGACCUGGGGUGCUUUUAUGAUCCGAGUGUACGUAAUUUUAAACAAUA